UGACCACAAUGACGCCAACAAGAAACCCGGAAACAUCCGCAGCAGCAGCAAAUAGCUCUUCUUCUCCUUUGAGCCGCUGCUUCCAGCGUGGUAUCCAGACGUCGACUCCCGUGUUUCUCAGCGAGCAUCAAGAAGCUGACCUCUGCUGGAAGGACUGUCCACCCAGGGGCCACCUCCCAGGCCAGGCUUCCCUGCUCCUGCAUAACUCCACUGCUGGUAUCAUAACAUGGGGAACCUACUGAAAGUUCUGACAUGCACAGAUCUGGAACAGGAGCCCAAUUUCUUCCUUGAUUUUGAAAAUGCGCAGCCCACAGAAGCAGAGCGAGAGGUGUGGGACCAGGUGGACGUGGUGCUAAAGGACGCCAAAGGGAUCUUGGAUGAACUGCAAGCCUAUAAAGGAGCAGGGCAGGAAAUCAGAGAGGCGAUCCAGAAUCCAAGCGAUGAUGCCUUGCAGGAACAGGCGUGGGCGGCUGUGGUUCCUUUGGUGGGAAAACUGAAGAAGUUCUUCGAGUUCUCGCAGAGAUUAGAAGCGGCGUUGCACAGCUUGCUGGGUGCUCUGACCAACGAGACGUACAGCGACCCGACCCAGCACCUGGAGCGGGAACAGGCGCUGGCGAAGCAGUUCGCCGAGAUCCUGCACUUCACCCUGCGCUUUGACGAGCUGAAGAUGACAAAUCCUGCCAUUCAGAACGACUUCAGCUACUACAGGAGAACCCUGAGCCGAAUGCGGAUCAAUAACGUUCCGGCAGAGGGCGAGAACGAAGUCAACAACGAACUGGCCAAUCGGAUAUCUCUGUUCUACGCUGACGCCACACCCAUGCUGAAGGCGUUAAGUGACGGCACAACGAAGUUUGUGUCAGAGAACAAGAACCUGCCCAUCGAGAACACGACAGACUGCUUGAGCACGAUGGCGAGUGUGUGUAAAGUCAUGUUGGAAACGCCGGAGUACCGCAGCCGUUUCAACAGCGAGGACACGGUGUCCUUCUGUCUUAGGGUGAUGGUCGGAGUCAUCAUCUUGUACGACUACGUCCAUCCUGUUGGAGCCUUUGCCAAGUCAUCUAAAAUCGAUAUGAAAGGCUGCAUCAAAGUCCUCAAAGAUCAGCCUCCAAAUAGUGUAGAAGGCCUUCUCAACGCUCUCAGGUACACCACAAAGCAUCUGAAUGACGAAUCAACCAACAAGACUAUCAAGAGCAUGCUGCAGUAGGAACUGAGCUGCAACCACUGCUGGGGAGAAGCACCACUCACUGUCCUGAGGGAUUUAGCUGCACAGAAUGUUUUUGUUUUGUUUUUUGUCAUUUUUUUUUUUUGUUUUGUUGUUGUUCUUGGAAAAUGAGCUCCGCUCCGCCCAUUUUUAUAAUGCAAAAUGCUACUGCCAUUACGACGUCUCUUUCUGUGCCAAACAGAUGACGCCGAGAUGCGAUGUUUUCGACACAAGGCCACGCAAACAUGGCGGCUCGUGAACGCAUUGCAGACCCUCUGGUGUUUUUAAACAUUUCUUGUUUUUCCCUGUAUAAGGGAUGGGAGUGCUUUGACUUGAAAGUUUCAGAGAGAUAUAUAGAGAAGUAUAUAUUAUUUUGUUUGAUUGGUUAUUUAAUUACAACUUCUGCAUGAUGAAAAUGUCUUUUCUUCUAUUUAAAAAAAUCUAAUAGUUCAAUUUUGCUCUGUUGUGCUUUAUCAGUUAUGUUAUUGAAAUGGUACUUAUCAACAUGAGAUUUAAGAGUACUGUUUUUAUAUUUUUAUAAGUUUUAAUUUGUGCAUAUGUCUUUUUGUUCAUUGUUCUGUUGUAUUUUUCAGUUGAAAACUUUAAACUGUGAGGGGUGCAGAAUCAAAAUGAAAUCCGGGAUCUGUACUGUAAAUGUACAAUAUGAUGUGGCUGGAGACAUUAAAGGUAGAACUCUUGUUUUCUACAAAAAAA